UGGAAGGGAAACCUGGUGUUCCCAGGUCCAAUCCUGAACCAGUUUUCCCCGAAGCCCAUCCCUACCCCAAAAUAAAUAAAGCCCCUGCCAGGCUGCCUGCUCAGCAGCUCUAAAUAGCCUCCCCAGGAAAACUGAUCCUGCUCCUGCUCUGCCAUGGAAGUCUUCGCUCUCCUGCUGCUGGCCAGCCUGGCCUCCACCUCUCUCUCCAUCCUUCACGAGCCAGAAGAUAAAAUCCUUGUAAAGACUCAGCACACAGUUGCUACUACCCAGUUCGUUCCUCCCCAACAGCCCAGGAAGGACCACGCCUCCAAUGAGGACCUUUCUAAGGAGUCUUUCAUCUCCAGAGAAAAGAUGAUUGCUGAAGAGAAUGUGGAGAUAAAACCCAUCGGGCAAAACAGUCAAGAUUCCGUGCAUCCUCGCCCCAUCCUCCAAGAAGAGAGUUUCGGAAACGCCAUUCUUCAGUCAGAAGAGACCACCGAACUCACUCCCAGAGCUGCAACCACCUCCGAGAGAAAAAUGGCCAAGCUCAGCCAUAAAAUCGAGAAGAAUCUGGACAAAAUCCAGAAGAAUCUGGACGAAAUCAUGACACUCACGACAAUUCACGGACAAUUUGAAAAGCUUAAUCCCUAACACCCUAAUGACAAGAGGCCCUAAAUCCCAAACUGGGCCCCGGGAGGUGCCUACCUACCUCUGUCCAUCCCAACCACCACCUCUCAAAUUUGUGCAUUAAAGAGCUGCAAUCCAAACCCAGAUCUAUGGAGGCUUUGUGGGCCCGAUAAAGGAGGCAAGACACCCCUACUCUGCUAGGACUCUUCUUUAGCUCCUCUAACACUUUAAGUUUAAACGGUCCUGCUCUUCAGCUCACAGGCCUGUUUAUUUCCUCAUCCCAAGACAUCCUUUGCAAAGACCGGACCCUCCUCACCCCCCUCCGCCUCCUCAACGCGACACAGUCCCUCCUCACCCUCUGCAGUCUGCUUUUCCCACCCACCAGCCUGCUGCUCCUGCUGUCCCAAAAUCCACAGGCAACAACAAGCCCUGUGGCUGCUUCUCAGUCCUGAAUCUCUGCACUGCCUCUGUAGAGCUGAACACAGCUAGCUCUUCUAGAAUCUUCUCCUCACUGGCUUUCCAGCACACUACACUUUGCUGAUUCUCCUAGUACAUUUUGGGGCUGUGCAUUGCAUACUUCCAGGGUCACAUACUGGAGCAUCUUGUCUUCUCUCUAAACCUCUUUCUCUACACCCCUACACCCUCAUCUUCCAAGACCACGCAGGGUACGUGGCUUCCAUUUGCCACUCAGCUGAUAUCCACUAAGUGCUUACCACAUGCCAGACCCGUUACCCCGUAUGUGCUAAUCCCCCGCAGCCCAGGGCAGCUUUCACCAUCCAGGCGUGUGGAACUCGAUGGAUAAAGAAGAAAAUGGGAGGAUGAAAGUCUCUUUCUGUUUUUCAAAUGCAGGGAAGGCUGCCCAUUAAAGGGCGGGUAGAAUGAUGGGAAUAAAGCGAUCACUAAUCUCUAGGGUCCUACCCCCAGGACACAAGAAAAAGGUGCUCAGGAGACCAACAGAGCAACCGACCCACCACCACAAUGCAAGGCCAGCACUGCCCUGACCCAGGGAAAUCUGGGCGAGCUGUGUGCAAGACUGGAGACAGAUAAAAUAUCUGCUUUCCUCUUUUGCUUUCUCCUGGCAUAAAAAGAGACCAACUGCCCACUGUCCCUUGCUUAUGCUUCCCCCUCCCCAGUAUAGGGAUGCGCAGCUCCACCAAAACUAUCUCCCAAACAAGAUGGAAAAUUCCACUGAGUCUCUCUCUAAGCUAUAGCUUGAGACAUGGGGAAAAAAUUCUGGCCAAUGUAACAGACAUGAUGGAGUUCAGAAAGAAAUUGGAGAGGAAGUUUCUCAAGAGAAAUAGAUUAGAGAAAUUGAAAUGUCUUGGAGAUUAAGACAUCCUAGACUAGACAGCCUUCUGACCCUCACUCCAUUCCAACUAAUACAGAAAAUAGCACAAGGCUUGUUGACCAACGGGGAUCAAAGGACCCACCUUAACAAUGGCUAGACACAUGUACCAGUAAAUUCAAAAUGCAGGGCUUCCUAUUACAACUGGACAGGAGACCUCGGGCUAAUGGGGCUUUCCCCAGUCUCCCCACUCUGCCCCCCUCUGACUCACUGAAUGAACAGAGACAGAGCUGGAGAAGCCAUUGCCAGGCUCGAGGUCCUAAGAUUAUCUCCUCUCCCCGGGGAGGCGUCAGGAAGGAAUGGAAAGGUAGGCUGGAAAGUACUCCCGCCAGCCUGCUCCUUUGUCAGGCAGGGACAUGCAGAAAGGACAGUCCCCAACACAGAGUAGCUUUCCCUUUUCUCAAUGUUUUGGGCUUAAGAAGUGGGCCACAGGUGAGGCAGGAGGAGUGGGACAGAGAAGCCCAGCAAGGCAUCACAGCAGUCUCCCACUUUGCUGUCUGUAACUGGGUAUGUGACCGCAUGACCCGCUGAUUUAUACACUCCCGUUAUGUGACAGGCCCCACUUCCAAUGCUUCACACCUACUGACUCAUUUAAGCUCUCAAAAACAGAAAGCCGUUACCCCCACUUCCAGAUGAAUGGCUGUCAUCGCUCGUCUUUGGGUCCUCCUGAAAUCUGCGGGGUGGCCAGGUGACUCUUGGCCCCCAACACCUUUGAACUGGAUCAAAGGAGGACACAAUUCCACUCCAAACGGCGCUCUAAACUGCUUCCUCUAUCCGAGCAGCUGGGUCACAUUGCUCAGUACAGCAGCUCACCUGAGGGAGCACUACAUGAAAUUAUAAAAUAUCACUUCAACACCAGCAACCAAAAGCAGCCCUGAAUUUGAACAGAAACCCCUUCCUAAUUUCAAAAAUAACAAGAGAACAACAGUGAAAUCCACUUUUCAAUUCAAAUGCAAGGAGACGGAAGCUCAAAAGUCUUCUCCCCCCGAAAGGGGUGUGUUCCCCCUAGUAUCUUCAAGAUUGGCUUAAUGCACCCCCAAAUAUUUCAGGGGUCCAUCUUUUUUAACAUCAGGGUAACUUGGGAGACGUGGAACACCGCGGCACCAGCUCCACACAAACAAAACUCAGAAAUGCAAGCAUGUUAUCGGGUCCCAGACAAUUCCAUGCCCUAGUGCCUAGUGCAUGCUUCUGUGUGUGUUUUGAGGGGUUUGUUUAGUUUUGUUUUGUUUUGUUUUGUUUUGUUUUGUUUUGUUUUGUUUUGUUUUAGUGAGAGGGAUGGGGAAGGCUCCAGUCACAUGUCCUCGUGUCACGGAGGACAGAUAUUCGGCCGUCAUCUCAGGUAUGCAUGCCUCCAGGAAGGUCUCCAGCCGUCUUCCGCUGCUGCUUGCAAGCCUCAGCUCCUCUGCCCACGCUCUUCCUAAGGGGCAGCAGCAGCAGCAGCAGGCAGCUCACAGCAGCACAGGGGCCAGGGCUGUGUCUUGCUGAGCAAGCUGACCAGAAAAGGCAAUGGCACCGCAUCCCCGUGACCGUCUUCUCCUCAAUUCCAAAAGAUGGGCAGGGGCCCUGGAGCUCAGCAGGAGUCGCCUCGCUCCUGCCGGCAACGUUUCACACAGAAACCCCGUGGCAUCUGAGAGAAGAGAAAGCCUUGACCCCCACCUGGCCAAGGUGCUCUCACAGCCAUGUCAGCUCUGCAGAGUUCCCAGCACAGGCACUUAAGCCUCAAGCAGUAAAAGUCUCCAAGGAACAGGCUGCUUUGGGCAUUAACCAUUGGAGGGUGGGGCGUGCAUGCUGUCUCUUCUGUUACCUUGUGAUAUUUAGAGAUUUAAAUUACUGCUCCCAUUAGUCCCAGUUUAACUCAGCUGUGCCUACAUCUAUGUCUUUCGUACAUGAACUUCCCCUACGGUGUGUUUCAUCUUCUCAGUCACUGUGUAGCAUGUUUCCUGGGAAUGUUUCCCCGGGAAAUACCCUCCCUUAAAAAGAUUAACUGUGUCCCUCUGAAACUUCCCUCACUGUGCUCACAGCUUUGCCACUAAAACUGGCUUCCCUCGUACCUUGCAAGGGACUGUCUGCGGUGGGUCCUGGCUCCCUCUACCGGCCUCCUCCUAUUUCGCAUCAUUGUUAGAUAGCGAGGGUCCCAUUCCUUCCUGGCAUACUAAUAGUCUUCUCUGCCCUGGUAUUUGGGCAUAGAAACAUUUCCUCUUUCUUUUAAUACUAUCUCAAGCCUGAGCUGUAGGAAAUAAUUCCAGGGGCCCGUGAUCAGACCAUACCUUAAAUCCCUCCAUGAUCCCUGCUGUGACCCUGCGUGAAGUUCAAAACAAAAUAGGCAGCUAGGACCUGGGAAAGCCGACCUAGAGUUGCCAGCUACA